AUGGCUGCCAAGAAUACUGUCCCCCCAACACCGCUGCUGUCCGAGAAACAUAAUGGCAUUCCAGCACGACUCUUUGACAAGGCCCAGCAAGCCAAGUCUGCCAUCUUCAAUAUUACCACUAAGUCUCCGAGCAACAAGUCCAAGGUGGCUAUCCCACAGGGAAUAAGUGAGAAUGCAUUCCACAAAGCUAUCGAGGAGCUCAGUGCAGAGCUGGGUAAAGAGCAUGUGGAACUCGUGACAAAGCUGGUCGAUGGGUGGUAUAUGGAGAAUCCUAACACCCACGAUGGAAUGCACGUGUCUCAGGAAGAUGACUUUGUCGCAUCGGCAAUAGUCUAUCCGGGUACCACGGAAGAAGUCCAGGCAAUCGUUCGCUGGGCAAACAAACAUCGUAUCCCCAUUUCUCCAAUCUCAAUUGGGCGCAAUUAUGGCUACGGUGGCGCCGCCCCUCGAGUCCGUGGUUCAGUCGUAAUCGAUCUCGGACGCCGAAUGAACCGAAUCCUCGACAUCAAUCCUGACGACUGUACGUGCUUGGUAGAGCCAGGCGUGACUUACUUUGCCUUGUACGAGGAGAUUCAAGCCCGUGGUCUCAAGAAUCUAUGGGUUGAUGUGCCCGAUAUUGGAGGUGGCUCCGUCCUGGGAAAUGCAAUGGAUCGGGGUGUCGGUUAUACUCCUUACGGUGAUCACUGGAUGAUGCACUCUGGAAUGGAAGUUGUUCUUCCUACCGGUGAAGUUAUUAGAACUGGGAUGGGAGCUCUGCCCGGGAACAAUAGCUGGCAGCUGUUCCCUUAUGGUUUUGGGCCGACUGCUGAUGGCAUUUUCUCUCAAUCCAACAUGGGCAUUGUGACGAAGAUGGGAUUUGGUUUGAUGCCCAACCCUGGCGGCUAUGAAAGCUAUCUCUAUACCUUCCCAAAGGAGGAAGAUCUCUCUCAAUUGAUUGAGGUCAUUCGCCCUCUCCGAAUUGCCAUGAUUCUGGAAAAUGUCGCUCAACUCCGCCACAUCAGUAUGCAAGUCGCCUUGGAAGGCAAACCACGAAGUGCCUACUAUAAUGGAAAGGGACGAGUUCCAGAUAAAAUCAUCCACGAUGCAGCAAAGUCUCAUGCUCAAGGUGACUGCGCAUGGCUAUACUACGGCAUGACCUACGGUCCUCAAGAUAUCCGUAAAUACAAGCUGGACAUCAUCCACAAAGAAUUCAUGAAGAUACCCGGCGCCCAGCGCAUCGACCCCACCAGUCUCCCCGCCGACGACUACUUCUGGGUCCGCGAUCGAGUCGCCUCGGGCGUGCCUGAUCUCGAAGAGCUUCGCUGGGUUAAUUGGCACCCGAACGGAGGCCAUGUUGCAUUCAGUCCAGUCUCACCAGUCCGAGGCCAAGACGCUACGGCGCUAUUCGAUAUCGCACGCAAACGCUGCGACGAGUUCGAUCUGGAUAUAUUCCCGACCUUUGUCGUGGGAUUACGCGAGAUGCAUCUCAUCGUGGAAAUUGUCUUCAACCGUGAUGACCCCGUUAUGCGGGACAAGGCACGGGCCUGUCUGCGGGGGAUGAUCGACGAUGCUGCGGGGAAGGGCUACGGCGAGUAUCGCACGCACCUGGCAUUCAUGGACCAAAUUGCGGGCACGUAUAACUGGAAUGAUGGGGCUUUGAUGAAGUUUAAUGAGAAGAUUAAAGAUUGUCUGGAUCCCAAUGGAAUCUUGGCUCCUGGUAAGUCUGGUAUCUGGCCGGCGCGGUAUCGUGGGCGUGGCUGGGAGAUGAGUAGUAAGGAUGAGAGUUCUGAAGGGCAAGGGGUGAUCCCCAGUGCGGGGUCUACUAGACUCUAA